UUUAAGUAGGGUUUUAGGAUUCGAGAUGGGCACUGCUGCCUGGUGGAUAUGGAAGAGGCCAGCAGCAGCUUUUUGCAAGGUUGGUCUCUCGCCCAAGUGGGAUCGCCGUGAAGCUUUCGCUCUUCCACCGUACUACACUAGCGAGAAGGCCAAAGCACCAGUUUCGGAACAGUCCAAGAUGAAAGAGCUGAGGAAGUUUGUCCGGGAAUUCAAGGGAGAGGAACCCAAUGAGACUGCGGAGCAGGAGAAGGUUGUGAGCCUAUGCCGGACUCUCAAUGCUAAGGCCGACACUUCGGAGGUAGUCAAGAAUUGGAUAGCCGAUGGAAAUGUGAUGUCACGGGACGUUGCUGCUAAAGUCUCUGGUUGGUUUCUUCACUGCAGGCACAACGUCCAAGCUCUAAAAUUCAUGAACGUCGUGAGAGAAGAACGCCUGGUAGAAAUGACCUCGAAGCUAUACAUGCAAGAGAUCUCACAGCUAUGUCUUCAGCUGGGGACAUCAAAAGGCGAGGCUUUGUUCAGAAGCAUGCCAGAGAGUUUGAGGACGGAGGAGGUAACCACGGCUUUUCUUACUGCUGUUGCGAAAGAGGACGACUCGGCCAGAGCGGAGAGAUUGAUGGACGAGCACAGCACGUUGUCCGUCGACGCCUGGAGCGCGGUUCUACACAUGUAUCUCAGAAGGGACAGGCACGACAAGCUGCGGGACACUUACUACAGGUUCAAGCAGAAAGGGUUGAAGCCGGUCCUUUUUACGUACUGGCUGGUUCUCCAGUGCCGAGAAAGAGUCGGCGGUUUUGAGGAGAUUGAGAUGGAGUUCGACGCGGAGCUGAAAAGAACUAACUUCGAAGAGGCAGACACACGGCUACUCAAUCUAAUAAUGCGUUCCUAUGCACUCUUGGGAAAGCGGAAGAUGGUGGACAGGAUGUGGACGCUGCUCAAGAGCGAACAAGUUGCUGCUCCCGACUUAAACAGCUACAUCUCCGCAAUCAAGUCAUUUGGUUUGUUCGGGGACUUGGAAAAGGCAUAUGAGGUGCUGGAGGAAGUGCUGCAAAAGUUCGAACGGAUUCCUCAAAAUCCAUACAUCUGGAUCGUGGAAAUCUGCGUGAGGCUCAAGAUGAUCGACCAGGCGGAGAAGCUCAUGGAGAAGCACAUCGGCAAGAGCUGCUUUCUUCCCUACAACUUUCUGGUCACUGGCUACGUUGAAACUUCCCAGAUCUCAAGCGCGCUCAAGAAGCUGGACGAAGCUUUCGAGAUUCCUUUCAAGGACCGGAAGCUAUUCUACAAGACAGUGAUGGCUUUGCUCCCGGUGUUCGCCAAGAGGGGAGACAUACACUCGGCCGAGAAGCUCAUUUCCAACUACGGCUCCUGCGGUGACGUGAAAGUCUACAACGCACUGCUCAACGUCUACGUUUCCACGAAGAGGAUGCCAACCAACUUCCUUCACAGGAUGAAGAACCAUAACAUUGGACCGAACGAAGAGACAUGGAGACUCAUGGACACACUGGAAUCGUUCUGGGAUCACAAGCCAGGACGCAGUACUGUCUGGAGAGUCGUGAAUGGGCGGAGGAUAUCUCGGGACCAGCAAAUGGCUCACUUGAAGUUCUCCAGGGAAGGAAAAGAUGUCAGGAACCGCGGCCUAAUUCCAAAGAACUAAGUAUAUCGUGCGCAGCAGUGACUGAUCUAGAGAUUCUCCUCUUGCAUGGAUACUGGCUGCCAUCUGUUCCUGGUGAAGUUACAAGUGUCAACCAAGCCGAUGUUCUCCAAGUGGAGAAAAUGGAGCGAACGAUCGAUCAAA